AUGGCGUACGCAGAAUCAUGGCUCGACCUGGAGAAGACCCUGGGCGGUCGUAUGGUCAUGACCGGGACUCCAGAAGAGAUUCGUGCCCAAUAUGACCAACUGGUGGGCCUGCUCCUCCCUCAACUGCCUCCUCCAUCCGAGGCUGUCGAAAGCAAAGACGGUGAAGUCGAGGGCAUCAAGUACCGCUUGUACACACCCAAGGAGGCAGCCAAGUCGGGUCCUCUUCCAGUCGCCAUCUGGACGCACGGUGGAGGGUGGAUGACCGGCGACCUCAACUCGGACGAUUUGCUCUGUAGGAUUGUGGCCGAAGCCGUUCCCUCCAUCAUCAUCAGUGUGGAUUACCGACUUGCCCCGGAGCACAAGGUCCCCACACAGCUCCAGGACUGUUUGACCGUGUACAAAUGGGCACGACAAAAUGCCGCAUCGUACGGCGGUGACCCAAACAAAUUCUACACCAUUGGUGGCUCUGCCGGUGGUGCACUAGCACUCGAAAUCGCUAACCGUAUAGUCAAAGACCCCUCGAAGCGCGAUGGGAUCAAGGGCAUCGCCGCCAUUGUGCCCUGUGCUCUGCACUGGGACAACGUGCCUGAGGAGUAUAAGGAUAUAUACAAGUCGUACGAAGAGAACAAGGAAGGCGUCCCCAUCAUCGACAAGAAGUCGAUGCAGAUCUUCUACGAACAUGCAGGGGCCGAUCCGAAGGACAGCGACAUCUUCGUCGCGUUGGCCAAGGAGAACCACGCGAACUUCCCACCGACGUACUUUGUCAGCUGUGAAAAGGAUCCCUUGAGAGACGAUGCCUAUGUGAUGGAAGCGGCCUUGAAGAAGGCUGGUGUCCCCACUAAGCAUGACCACUACAAGGGACUGCCUCACUACUUCUGGAUCUUCCCUUCUGUGCCCGAGGGGCAGCAGUUCGUGGCCAAUUUGAUUGGGGGUGUAAAGUGGCUUAUCUCGCAGAUGUAA